AUGCGUAAGAGCUGCAUGACCAUAAGCCAGACAAAUCCCAAUAUGGAAAAGGAGAAGCCAGUUCACAGAACAGCCCAUGAACACAGCAUUGUUUUGAGUAUGCUGAAGAAAAUUCCCGAGUUAGUCUCUCAGCUCAGUGGUGAACAUCUGAAAAUCAUUAGUAAGAAAGUCUUUUCUGAAACCUGGAUAAAAGGAAGCACAGUUAUUGCUGAUGAUGGGCUUUAUGUCAUACUGAAGGGCCUGGUUCAACCUCGUAUAAAAGUAUUAAGAAGUCUGAAUGAAGAAAGCGACUCCAUCAUCUCUUCAAUAUCCAGGGAAAGCUAUAGUUUUGAUGCCGACUUAAUAGACUCUACACUGGCUGAGAUAUACGUGCCUUCACGGGAGAUAUUGCUGAGACAAUGGGAUACUUUUGGAUCAUUGGAAGCUGCCUCUCAUACUGAAGAGAAUGAACCUUCGUUUUCAGUUGUGACUGAAGAGGAGUGUGAAAUCCUUAAAAUUCCUGCAAAGGAGUAUGAGAAGUUAAAAUUGGCAAAAGUAAAACGUGAAAUUAUGCGAAAGUUGAAAUUAAUCCGCAGGUGUCCUUUUUAUGAAAACUGGCCUACUUUGUCCAUUUGUGAUUUAGUUUCACUUAGUAAAUGGAAAAUAUUUCCUCCAGGUCAAGUGUUAGUGGAAAGUGGAACUGUCAGUCCAUUUGUAGGUUUUAUUAAUGCUGGAUAUUGCAACAUUUAUAGAAAUAUUGUGGGACUUAUGAGAAUACGAGUAAACAAAGUGUUAAAAGUUCCAAAACUUGUUUAUAUGGGUAAACUUAAAGAGAAGGAGUCAUUUGGUGAGAUCAGUGUUCUUCUUCAAGCUCCUUUCUCAUGUACAAUUAUUUCUGGAGGAGAAGUUGAGAUGAUGAUUAUCGAAGAUAAGGAUAUACUUGCAUUGGACUCUGUGACCAAGGAACUUAUGAUUCAAACAGCAAAACCAACUUUUGGCCAUCUGACAGAAGAAGAUGUAAAACAUGAAUAUAUACAAAAGGUACAAGCGAAAGAAUGGAAACAUUUCAAGGUUGGCAGUGGGAGAAAGCUGCAUGUGGAGUGAAAAGUUGGGAAAAUGAAAAUUUGGUGAGGAAAGGAGCAAGUUUGCAUAUAAAGUUUCAGACAAAGUCAAAAUGGAAAACAAGCAACACAUUCCUGAAAAGAUUUAUGCAAUGAAAAAGAAGCCUCACACAAUUGACUGGAAAAAUGUCCUGAAAGUCACCUUUAACUGAUAAAAAUACAAAUUAAUUGAAGGGAGAGAACCUGAAUCCAGGGUGCUUCUAAAGUGGUUCCUUUCAACACCAACCACAUGUGGAAGGAUGUUUCCAGGUUUGAACACCAAGGUAUACAGAGCCUACUAGAGCUAUGCUAGAGAUAAGAUGGUUUGUCAAGCUGAUAGCAGAAUUUGGCAGCAUUAUUCUCCUGAUGACAAUCUUUAGAGAUGCAAAAUCAAAGACUCAUGGGUUAAUUUGGGCUUGCACUGAAGCACCAGAAAGCCUCUGAAGCCAGCUACCUUAGUGUAGGGUCAGCUUCCCUGCAAGGAAUUCCUGAAAGGUCAUUGAUGAAGUUGCAAAAAUGAAAUCUAAAUUUUGAUGGAGAACCUAGAAUGUUGGAAGUUCCAUGAUCUUGAAGUUAGUAGGCUGAAGAAAGCUGAAAUCAUAGCAACUGGAGUUAGCUCAAGAAAGACUAUGCAUUCUUCAGUCAGCACAAAGGAGAUGAAACAGUCCAAUUCUAUUAGAUCCAAGAAGAUGCCACCAUUCUUCCCAGAUGGUGGAAAUGGAGCUACAGUAUUUGUUGGCAGACCUAUUGAGUUUGGUUUUGUUUUGGCCUCAUCUUCUCUUACCAAAUAUCCAUGCUUUCUUUCCAGAAUGAGCAUAUUUCUUUUGUGGCAUUAGUUUCAGAAAUAUUUAACUUAUCUUUUUUUAUUUUACAGGUUUUCUGAGUUAAGAGAUCCCCUUGAGUCUUAGAAUAAAUUCUUACUUAAAUUCUUCCUUUAGUUAUUUUUGACAGCACGAAGUCCAACCACUAAUCUAAUAUGACUUAUGAAUAGUAAUAUCCUAUCUUGAAUUAUAUAUUUCCAUAAUUUUUCUUAUAGUUCUUAUAAUUUAAGACUCCAAAUAAUCCACAAGAUAAAAUGUAAAGUAUUUCUCUUUAAUGUGUAAUUUAAAACUUGUUUACAAUAAUAAUUUUAAACAAUAUGUAAUCAGGAAACAGCAGCUCAGUUAGUCAUAGGAUUAUUUCCAGUGAAUUCUCAUGAAUUUUGAGAUAAAAAUCCAGGAUACUAAGCCCCAGUUGAAGAUUAAACCCCAAGUCUGAGAGCAUACUAUUUAGAAGUCAAAGACAGGCAUGUAGUUAUAUAGCAGGGGCAAUGAGGAGAAUGUCAGGCUAGGGCACAAGUGGAAUCGCUUGACAGACACACCUUGCAGUUUAGAGGGUAAGAGGUACACCCAAGACGAAGAUUGGUCAAGGAGUUUAGCCUCUGAAACUCAAAAUUCCAGAAAAUGGCAAGUAGAUUCACAAAAGAGCAGCAAUUGUUCAUGUACUUAACCAAAACAAAAGCUUUCUGAUCUUAUCCUCAUGAUGGGUGAACUCCAGCUUGAUGAUAAAACUCUCAAGGUCUGUUUGAUGGUUCAUAAGGUUAUGCAUGCUGUAGAAUAUGCUGAAGAAUGUUGGACUAUCUUUAAAUUUCAAGUGUGUUUCAAUAAAAAUGUUUAUCUAUAUAGAUAUGUGAAAUGUGUAUGAAACAUUCAUAAAUAUUUAAGAAUGAUAUGUAUUUAUGGUCCAUAAGGAGACACGUACCUACAACAAUA